GCUUCACCUGCCGUACUUGAAAUGAAUGUUUACGAGCCUACAAUGCAUGAUUUUUUUUUCAUCUGGGCUCGUAUCACUUGUGACAUAAUGUGUUGAUGUGUUGAUGUGUCGGAGGAAUAAAAAUCGAUGAUAAAGAUUCCUAAGACGGAAGUUCGAUCACUUGACACAAUUGGUGGAUUUGUCUUGAUUACAGGACACCAGUUGAUAAACGUGUAGAGCUUUCAAACGUUUGUGGAGGACAAUUUAUAUCUGAUUGUGCAGAGAUUUUUGGGGCCAUCGGGCGUUGGGGCAAAGUGUACAAAGAGGCAUGUUUCUCCUUCCGUGUGGACAUGAAAGGGUAUUUCUGAGGCAUAGAGAGUCCACGGGAGACCUGUAAGCCACCAUGAGGAGAAAGGCUUCUGAUACAAAACAUUAUAUGUACAACCGGGAAAGACAGGUCUGGUAUGGGCAAGGUAAAAAAUUGAAGAUAUUUGGCUUGCUGGUAUCGAAGAUGCCGCAUUUUCUGCAAAAUGUCUUAUUGGCCUGUGUGAUUCUAACAUUUCUGGCUAUGUACUUGUUCAACUUAGCACAACGAUCACAAAACCUGAUACAAAGUGACCUGAAUAGGACUUUCAACAAAGAGUCUUCUAGUGUUACGACCACUCGCAAGCCUAGUCAUACAACCACUCAUAAUCUGAUACUUAGGGACUUGAAUAGGACCUCCAACAAAGAAAUCAGAACUAUAAUCAAGUCUGGAGGAAAGCUAGUAUUUCCACAUUUGCCAUACAUCAGGAAUCCGUCAAAAAUAUGUGAUACAUUUAGGACGUUAAAUAGAACUAAAAUUUUAGUGUUGGUCAAGUCUUCGCCGGAUAAUUUUCAUCUAAGGAAUUGGAUACGCUUUCAAAAUCAACAAGAUAAUGAGUUUAAGGAUUCUAUCAAAACCGUAUUUCUAUUAGGAGAGUCUUCGUCCAGUGAAGAGAAUAUCAAAAAAGAAAGUCAAAAGUUCGGUGAUAUUGUCCAGGGAAGCUUCAUGGAUACUUAUCGGAAUCUCACGUACAAAACCGUUAUGGGAUAUAGAUGGUUAAGCGAACAUUGUUCACACGCAGAUUUCGUUCUUUAUAAGGACGACGACUUUAAGAUAAAUCGUAGAAACAUUAUGCAUAAAUUGAAAUCUCAAAAAAACCCAGACUCUUUAUUCGCUGGUUUUCUCGUUAAGAACGGGAAGGGAAUAUACCGAGACCCAAAACAUAAGUGGUAUUUAUCAAAGAAAGACUAUCCAAAGGACACUCUUCCGCCGUAUUUUCCGGGUGGUGCGUACAUUGUUAGCACAGUCAUUGCCAAAAAGUUGGCAUCCAAUUUUCAUUUGGUGAAAUGGAUACCAAUAGACGACGUAUACAUUGGACUCGUGGCACAAACUCUAGAUAUAACUUUGACACACUCAAAAUUAAUUGGCAUGGGAGAUUGCAAACAUUAUAAAAUUCAUCUAGCUUGCAGAGAGUUUACUAGGCCCAAUGAUGUCCUAGCAGCAUGGAAGUCCUUAACCAUGUUCAAUCUUGAGCGAAGAAAAUCGUGACAUAAACCUGGCAUAGCAAAUAUUUUGAUUAUAUAUUGUAUUACUUGUACCAGUGUUGUAUUGUGCCAUUUUCCCCUGGCCAUCUUCCCCCCGGAAAAACUACUUUAUAGCAACCCCCCCCCCCCCCGAAAAAAGGCUAUAUAGUGACAUUUUCCCCCUACUUAUAACCAUGUUACCCCCCUAGGAAAGCCUAAUAUAUUGUAAAUCCCCCGCUCCCGUCUUCCAUUCCGGCCAUAUAAAUGGCGAAACAUUCGUGGCAAUAAUUACCCAAAUGAAGGUUAAUAAAUGCUUAGCUACUCACAUUGAUUUAAGCAAUAUUUUAUUACGCAUCACUUAAACGGAUGGGAUAGCAGGCAUUGCCUUUAUAAACCCUCUGCGACAUUCAAUAGUCAAAGUCGAAUAUAU